AUGCACGCUUCAGAUGAUGCCGCAGCCGGGCAUCACUGCCGUAAGGCGCUGGGCGACAGCGCAGCAGAUGAGCUGCUGGGAAGGUUGAUGAGGAAUCACAUGGAGGAUGAGUACCGCAGGUAUCUGCACAAGUCCAAGUGCGAAAGCAGCAAGGACACGGAUGGUUUUAUUCAAGACUCGAUUGACCCAGACCAGGGGGAGUCGCCUGACGGUCGCAGUGCCGAGGCGGGUCAACCGGAGGCGGAAGCCGCGGAAGACCCAAGCCAGAUCGCGACGGAUGUCCCUGAGCGCGAUGUUGAAGACAUAGCCGAGGAUGGCAAAGAAGCGGAAGAAGAUUCCGAGACCGCCAAGGAGGCAGAGGCCGCCAAGGAGGCCGAAGGUGUGAGAAAGGCGAAACUGGAGGCGAUCGUGUCGGGCCGCUUGGAAGUGCGAGAGGAGGCAAGCAGGGAGAGAUGGAAGAUCGAGGAAGAGGAGGACUCAGGGGACGAAGCACUGGGUGUCCUUUCCAGCUUAGGGCGAUCCAUGAGCACCUGGGCAAGUGUGGCCAUGAUUGGUUUCUCCAUCACCAUGAGUAGUGACCCCACCGUGGCAGGUCGACAAAUCGCUAACCUUUGCCGCAGAAAAGGCGGAAUUUAUGUCAAAGCAGCUCAGACAGCGUCUUCCAUGGAUUAUGCAUUCUCAAAAGAGGUUCUGGAGGAGUUCCAGUCUCUGCAGGACUCCGCAGAUGCCCAGACGUGGGGCGAGAUCUCCGAGCGCGUCGAAAAGCACACCCCCGGCGGAAUCGACAUGGUCUACGAUUCCUUUUCCGAGGAUCCUAUUAAUGCUGCAUCCAUCGCACAGGUCCAUGUGGCACAGAGGAAAACUGGAGACAAAGUGGCUGUGAAGAUACUUCGCCGCAGCACUGCCCAAACGUUCGACCAUGAUGUGGGCGACUAUCUCGGACUCCUCGGGAUGUACGAGUCGACAACAGGCAUUCCUGUGAAAUGGAUGAUGGAAUGGGCCAUGGAAGAGCUCAAGAAGGAACUAGAUUUUCGCAUCGAGGCUGAUUUGCACGAAAAGUGUCAGAGGUUCAUAGGUUCUCAAGACGAGCUUCGUGGACGUCUGAGUGUCCCUGUCCUCCACUCCGAACUUUGUUCACGGCGCCUGCUGGUAAUGGAGUUUAUCGAUGGCUGCAAAAUCAUCAAUGCUCCGACGUUCUUUGAUGACUGGGACUAUGCCCGUGACGUUCCAGCUUUGCAUGCGGCACUGGAGACUUGGCACGCCAUGCAGCUCUUCCUCACAGGAUGCUUUCAUGGUGAUCCGCAUCCGGGCAAUGUCUUGGUAAGGCGUCGCCCGGAUGCAGUGCCGGCGGGGCAGAGCCCAUUCCAGGUCGUCGUCAUUGACCAUGGGGGCUACUACACAUUGGAUGAUGAUACCAGGAAGAAGUAUGCAGAAGUAUGGAGCAUGAUGGAUGAGCCGAAGAGCGAUGCACAGAAGACCGCCAGACGUGCACGCCUUAAGGCAAUCAUGGCCGGUUGGGGUGUCGGGCACACCUCGCGUUUUGUCAUCGAGCAGAUGUUUAAUGGUUCCUUCGGUGCAGCAGAUCCGACGGCCUCCAUUACGGAGAACGGUGAGGCCCGGCGACACCGCUGGAAUUGGAUGCACCAAAAAACCGACGACCUGGGGCCUCCCAUCUUCGAGGACACGGCCAAGAUGCCGCCGGCACUCAUGAAAGCCUUCGGUGUGGGGAAUUUCACACGAAAUGCUUGGACCGUUCUGUCCAAGGGCCGAAAGGAGCUGCGUGGUUGGGACUUCUGCAAAGUCCGCGUUGCCAUCAUGAUCGAUUGGGCCAGGAAGUGUCCAGGAACACACCGUGCACCGUGA